AUGAAGAAGCUCUGGAGGGAUCUCUUCUCAGAUUACCCACAAUGCUCAGAGAGUCAGAGGGAGGAGGAGGAGGUGGAUGGUAAGAACGAGGAGCAGAGGAGGCGCGCGAUAGAGGGAGUGGUGGACAUCACAAAGCUCUGCCUGAUGGAGAUGAACCAGGAGGAACUGGCCGACACACUGUGGGGCGGAUCUGCUGUUGUUGAGUGCCAACAUAAAAUCAAGUCUCAUUUGAAGAAGAAGUUAAUGUGUGUGUCUGAGGGAAUCCCGAAAGCAGGAAAUCCAACGGGUCUGAAUGACUUCUACACAGAGCUCUUCAUCACAGAGAGAGGCAGUGGAGAGGUCAACAAAGAGCAUGAGGUCAGACUGAUUGAAACAGCUUCCAGGAAACCAGCCAAGGAAGAAACACCAAUCAACUGUGAAGACAUCUUUAAACCCUUACCUGGACGAGAUCAACCAAUCAGAACAAUAAUGACAACUGGAGUGGCCGGCAUUGGUAAAACCAUCUUAACACAAAAGUUCACUCUGGACUGGGCUGAAGACAACGCCAACCACGACAUACACUUCACAUUUCUCUUAACUUUCAGAGAGCUGAAUUUACUGAAAGAGAGAGAGUUUAGCUUGGUGGAACUUCUUCAUCACUUCUAUAUUGUGACCAAAGAAGCAGGAAUCUGCAGAUAUGAACGGUUCAAAGUUCUCUUCAUCUUGGAUGGUCUGGAUGAGUGUCGACUUCCUCUGGACUUCCAGAACAACCCGAUCUGGACUGAUGUCAAAGAGCCGUCCUCGGUGGACGUGCUGCUGACAAACCUCAUUAGGGGCGACCUGCUUCCCUCCGCUCGCAUCUGGAUAACCACACGCCCUGCGGCAGCCAAUCGGAUCCCUGCUGAGUGUGUUGACAUGGUGACAGAGGUGAGGGGGUUCACCGACCCACAGAAGGAGGAGUACUUCAGGAAGAGAUUCAGAGAGCAGACGCUGGCCAACACAAUCAUCUCCCACGUCAAGAAAUCACGAAGCCUCCACAUCAUGUGUCACAUCCCAGUCUUCUGUUGGAUCACUGCUACAGUUCUGGAGGACAUCUUAAAAAAAUCCCAGAUAGAAGAGAUGCCCAAGACCGUGACUCAGAUGUACAGCUACUUCCUUUGGGUUCAGUCGAUACAGGGGGACAGGAAGUAUCAUGGAAGAGCUGAAACUGAUCCAGACUGGAGUUCAGAGAGCAGGGGGAUCAUUGUUUCUUUGGGAAAACUGGCUUUUAAGCAGCUGGAGAAAGGCAACCUGAUCUUCUACGAGGCAGACCUGGCAGAUUGUCACAUCGAUAUCAAAGAAGCCUCAGUGUACUCAGGAGUGUUCACCCAGAUCUUUAAAGAGGAGUGCGGGAUGUACCAGGACAAGGUGUUCUGCUUUGUCCAUCUGAGCAUCCAGGAGUUUCUGGCUGCUCUUUAUGUCUUUCUGUCCUUCAUCAACGAUGGUGUCAAUCUGCUCUCAGAAGAACCACCCACCUCUGGGGAAGAUAAACUCCUCCUCCUCUACCAGAGUGCUGUGGACAAGGCCUUACAGAGUGAGAACGGACAACUGGACUUGUUCCUCCGCUUCCUCCUGGGCCUCUCUCUGGAGACCAAUCAGAUUGUCCUACGAGGUCUGCUGGGACAGAGAAGAAGUACCUCACAGACCAAUACAAAAACAGUGUCUUACAUCAAGAAGAAGAUAGAUGGAGAUCUCUCUCCAGAGAGAAGCAUCAACCUGUUCCACUGUCUGAAUGAGCUGAAUGACCGUUCUCUAGUGAAGGAGAUCGAACAGUCCCUGACAUCAGGAAGUCUCUCCAGAGACUAUCUCUCUCCUGCUCAACUGUCAGCUCUGGCCUUCAUCCUACUGACAUCAGAAGAGGAGCUGGACGUGUUUGACCUGAAGAAAUACUCUGCUUCAGAGAGGGGUCUUCUGAGGCUGCUGCCAGUGGUCAAAGCCUCUAAAACGUCUCUCCUCAAUGGCUGUGAUCUGUCAGAGAGAUGCUGUGAAGCUCUGGCCUCAGUUCUCAGCUCCAAGUCCUCUAGUCUGAAAAAGCUGGACCUGAGUACCAAUGAUCUGAAGGAUUCAGGAGUGAAGCUGCUCUCUGCUGGACUGGGGAGUCCACACUGUACACUGGAAACUCUCAGCCUCAAUGGCUGUGAUCUGUCAGAGAGAUGCUGUGAAGCUCUGGCCUCAGUUCUCAGCUCCAAGUCCUCUAGUCUGAAAAAGCUGGACCUGAGUACCAAUGAUCUGAAGGAUUCAGGAGUGAAGCUGCUCUCUGCUGGACUGGGGAGUCCACACUGUACACUGGAAACUCUCAGCCUCAAUGGCUGUGAUCUGUCAGAGAGAUGCUGUGAAGCUCUGGCCUCAGUUCUCAGCUCCAAGUCCUCUAGUCUGAAAAAGCUGGACCUGAGUACCAAUGAUCUGAAGGAUUCAGGAGUGAAGCUGCUCUCUGCUGGACUGGGGAGUCCACACUGUACACUGGAAACUCUCAGGCUCAAUGGCUGUCAUCUGUCAGAGAGAUGCUGUGAAGCUCUGGCCUCAGUUCUCAGCUCCAACUCCUCUAGUCUGAAAGAGCUGGACCUGAGUACCAAUGAUCUGCAGGAUUCAGGAGUGAAGCUGCUCUCUGCUGGACUGGGGAGUCCACACUGUGCACUGGUAACUCUCAGGCUCAAUGGCUGUCAUCUGUCAGAGAGAUGCUGUGAAGCCCUGGCCUCAGUUCUCAGCUCCAACUCCUCUAGUCUGAAAGAGCUGGACCUGAGUACCAAUGAUCUGCAGGAUUCAGGAGUGAAGCUGCUCUCUGCUGGACUGGGGAGUCCACACUGUACACUGGAAACACUCAGUGUAGAGCACGGUGGAGUUUCGAGGCUGAAACCAGCUCUAAAGAAGUAUGCCUGUGACCUCACACUGGACCCCAACACGGCCCACAGAGAACUCUCUUUGUCUGAGGACAACAGGAAGGUGACGCGGGUUGGAGAGGACCAGUCGUAUCCGGAUCACCCAGCGAGAUUUGGCUCCCGGCCCCAGGUGUUGGGUAGAGAGGCUCUGACUGGCCGCUGUUACUGGGAGGUAGAGUGGGAAGGAUGGGUUUAUAUAGGAGUGACAUACAGAGGAAUCACAAGGAGAGGACAGGGUGGUGACAGCAGGCUUGGAGGGAACAACAAGUCCUGGAGUCUUGAUUGUUCUGAUGGUGGUUACUGUGCCCAGUACAACGGUAUAGAGACAGACCUCCCUCUCCGCCCCGCUGGCUCCACCAGAGUAGGAGUGUAUCUGGACCGGCCUGCUGGCUCUCUGUCCUUCUACAGAGUGUCCCCAGGUGGAGGAGGGUCCUCAGACACACUGACACACCUCCACACCUUCUGGUCCUCCUUCACCCAGGAGGACCUCCUCCCGGGGGUCUGGGUAGGGAGGCGGGGCUCAGCGGGCUCCUCCGCGUCUCUGUGUCAGUUAUAG